AUGUGGCAGACCUGGAAAGCUCGUAAUGAGCGCAUCUUCAAAGGCAUUCUCCCCUGGCCACCUUCCACGAUACAGAAAGCUCAAAUUGCACAGAACCAAUGGAGUACCUGUCCCAGGAAGAUGAAAGAUCCUCCCCCUCAACCUCAGCACAAUCCACCCCUUGAUACUUCCUAUCCACCGCCAAGUACUCAUGAUUUUGAGAUACACUGUGACGGAUCCUUUUUCAGUGAAUCACAGGAGGCGGCUUUUGGCAUCGUUGUGACGAAUUGCCACGGACAGGUGUGUGACGGGAAGGCUGAGACUAUGCAAUGUUUUUCACCACUUGAAGCUGAAGCAAAAGCCCUCUGGGAGGGAACGAGAUUGGCGGCCUCACUGUCAACAUCCUGCAGGAUCGUUUCUGACUGCCUCACCCUCAUUAAGGCCCUGGCAGGCAGCAAGGAGAUAUGGCCAUGGCGAGCAGCGGUUUGGAUCAACCAUAUUAAGAGACUGGCCUCCAUCCACCCGGGACUGCGAUUCGACUACACAAACAGAAAAAGUAACUCGAAAGCUAACUGGGUUGCGAGAUCGUGUGCGAAAAAGCAGCUCCCAACAGAAUGGAUCCAAGUUCUCGAUGUUAUUGCUCCCCUUCUGUAA